AGGAUCUUAACAUCAUCAUAUAAAAUAUAAACCAGGAAUCUGCCAAGCCAUUUUCUCCAUUUGAAUUUAGCUCUAAAAAGCACUAUCUGUGCCUGUACAAUGCAUCCCCUAAAUGUCCUGCUUGCUACAGUUGCUUUCCUUUUUGCAUUCCAUAUGACAAGUUCAGUGGAACUGACGGACGAUUUGUGGAAGAAACGUCUCGCAGAUGUAAUCAACAUAGAACAUGUCAAGAAUGCCUCUAAAAUUGUGAACCGUUUUACUGCUAUCUCAAGAACAGCUAUCCCUUACAUGAGGGACUGCGAUGAAAUGUUUCAAACAGGCCACACAGAGAGUGGUCUUUACAUAAUACGCCCUGACAACACACGCAAACUUGUGGUCCAGUGCUACAUGGAUGGAUGCAAUGGGUGGACACUGAUCCAGAAGAACAGCUUCAACACUGAAAUCACCUGGUCAGAGACAUGGUCAACCUAUAAAUUUGGGUUUGGUGACUUGGAGAACGAUCACUGGCUAGGCAACAAUUAUAUCAGUCUCAUUACCCAACAGAAAUGGUACAAAGUCAGAAUAAACUUGGUGGAUGCCGACGGCAAUCAUAAGUAUGCAGAAUAUGACAGCUUUGUCUUGAGAGAUGAAGGAGAUGGUUAUAGGCUGAAGUUAGGGAUGUAUGAAGGUAAUGCAGGGGAUCCUCUCAGCUCCUCACGGACCAAAAAUUUGCAUGACAACAUGAGGUUCUCAUGUAAAGAUAAGGAUCAAGACAGAUCAACUUUAGAAAAUUGUGCAGAUAUCCACGGAGGGGGAUGGUGGUAUGACUCAUGCUUUGAUGCACAGCUAAAUCGAAAAGGUGGCAUUCACUGGGGCACUCUGUGUGAUGAAAACUGCAGGCAUUCUGUUAUAAUGCUGAAGCCCAUCCACAUGUAUUGUAGCAGGGCUUAGAAUGUGCUGUCAUGUGUACAGACUGUAAUGUUAUGAACUGGUUGUCUUAACAUCAAGUGGAAAAUAGCAGUAAAAUGGCAAACUGCAUUGCUUUUCUACCUUUAAAACUCUAGUAGCUUCUUCACUGUCCCUGGGGAGAUGGGAAUGUUUUUCACACCAAUGUUUAUGUCCUUGUCUCUGACUGCCACAUUGCAGUCUUCCUGUUCCCCAAUAAAAUUCUUCAGCCAGCACAAA